UCUUAUCCGAUCGCGCUCUUUUCAACAAAGAGAGAGCUGCCAAGAUCUACCAUCCACUUCCAUACUACUUGGCAACGAUGACCGUGGAGAACAUUGUCAUCUUCCUCGUGGCCAUAUUGUUUGGCGGCAUCACUUAUGCAAUUUCCAAGCUUAGAUGGGACUUUACCGUGUUCCUAUUCGCAAUGGUCUGCUUCUACGUGGUCCACCUUCUAUCUGACCUCUGUAUAAUCUUCCUUACCAACUUAACUGGUGCCAGUGAUCCUGCCUUUGCCAUUGGCUCGACCGUCUCUGUAAUCUAUCAAUUGUUUGCCGGAUUCUUUGUGCCUGUCAAUCAACUUCCAGCAUCCUUUGGCUGGCUACACUGGCUCAACCCAUUAUACUACUCAUUCGCCUCGCUCAUGGUAAACCAGUUCCAGGACAUCAAGAUGGAGUGUCCACCUGCACCCAUGCCAUGUCUAUUCCCAAGUGGCAACGACGUACUACGAGCAUAUGGACUGGACGACUGGUCACGUGGAGGUGCACUUGGUGUCACCAUCAUGUGGGGAGUAGUCUACUUUGUGUUGGCCUAUCUCGCUCUUGCCUUCCUUCACAAGGAGAAGAGAUAA